UAAACCAAAUAAUAGUAAGAUUAGAGAGAGAGAAGGAAUACGUAGAAGAGAAAUAGCAGCAUUAGAAGAACAGUUAGAACAAGAGAAGACGGAGAAAACUGAAGUUGAGAAAACUACUUGGCGA